GUUCCACCCACUUUUUGUUGUUGUUGUUCCAACGGUCUUCUGAGUAUACUCUAUCUCUGACCUUAUAUGCAUCAUAAUUUUGUUAUUCCACCCACUUACUAUACAUAUAUAUACCUCCCUUCUCACUCAAUCUCGGAUCAAAGUCAUAGCAUAAAACUUUUUUUUGCUUGUAACAAUCCCUACGCAACUAUGAAAAUAAACAUCCGAGAUUCCACCAUUAUCCGACCUGCCGCCGAGACCCCAGUCACUAAUCUUUGGAACUCCAACGUUGACCUCAUCAUCCCUAGAUUCCACACCCCUAGUGUCUAUUUCUACCGACCCACCGGCGUCUCCAAUUUCUUUGACCCUCAGGUCCUCAAGGACGCUCUUUCCAAGGCCCUCGUCCCCUUUUACCCCAUAGCUGGUCGUUUGAAGAGAGACAAUGAUGGUCGUAUCGAGAUCGAUUGCAACGGCGCCGGUGUUCUCUUCGUCGUCGCCGAUACUCCCUCUGUCAUCGACGAUCUUGGAGACUUCGCUCCUUCCCUCACUCUCCGCCAGCUUAUUCCCGAUGUUGAUUACUCCGCCGGCGUCCACACUUUCCCGCUCCUCGUCUUGCAGGUGACCUUCUUUAGAUGUGGGGGAGCUUCCCUUGGGGUUGGCUUGCAACACCACGUGGCUGAUGGUUCCUCUGCUCUCCAUUUUAUCAAUACAUGGUCUGAUAUGGCCCGUGGACUUGACCUUACCGUUCCACCAUUCAUUGAUCGAACUCUCCUCCGGGCUAGGGACCCGCCUCAGCCUGCUUUUGAUCAUGUUGAAUAUCAGCCUUCCCCCACUAUGAAGAUCCCGUCCUCCAAGCCAGACCCUGAUGAUACCACCGUCUCUAUUUUCAAAAUAUCACAUGACCUGCUUUGUGCUCUCAAGGCUAAAUCCAAGCAGGAUGGGAACACUAUGAGCUACAGCUCAUACGAGGUCUUGGCUGGCCACGUGUGGAGAUCAGUGUGCAAAGCGCGCGGACUUCAAGACGACCAAGAGACCAAGUUUUACAUUGCAAUUGAUGGAAGAUCCAGACUUCGGCCGCAGCUGCCCCCUGGUUACCUUGGCAAUGUAAUAUUCACUGCGACACCAUUGACCGUUGCAGGGGAUCUUCUAUCAAAGCCAACAUGGUAUGCUGCAGGGAUGAUUCAUGAUGCUAUAGUUCGCAUGAACGAUAACUAUUUGUGGUCUGCUCUUGACUACUUAGAGUUGCAGCCUGAUCUGUCAUCACUGGUCCGCGGUGCACAUACCUACAAAUGCCCAAAUUUAGGAAUCACGAGCUGGACCAAAUUACCCAUAUAUGAUGCAGACUUUGGUUGGGGUCGUCCCAUAUAUAUGGGACCUGGCGCAAUUGCAUAUGAGGGUUUGUCUUUUGUGCUACCAAGUCCUACAAAUGAUGGCAGCUUAUCCUUGGCCAUUGCCCUCCAAUCUGAACACAUGAAACUGUUUCAGAAGUUUUUCUACGACAUAUGAGAAGAGAUUAGCCGCUGAAGAAAAAACCCUCGUUUUUCCCCUACUAGGGAUACUCCUCGCUGAGCUAAAUUGGCCAUUUUGCUUCUUGUCGCAAUUCAUUAUCUUGUGUUGUAGAGGGGGGUACCACAUGCUUAUGGUCUGUAACAUCUGGACUAUGUCAUAUUGGAACUUUGCUUUAUCUUCAA